AUGCCAAAGAAUGCCUGCAAGCGACUUGAAAGGCUUGACGCCGACUUUUCAUGGAUCACACCAGGCAGCUUGCGAAAUCUGCUGUCAGUCUGCGAGAGUCUUCGCUUCCUGGAUAUCAAGGUCGUAACAAUGUUAUCAACAACGUGUGACCCCUUCAAAUACUUCUUCGGCGACUGGAUUCAGCACUGCCAUGCCUUGGAGAGUCUUGACAUUCAGAUCAAGGCAUCUAGGCGGUGGACAGACGGGUUGGCUGGUGGUAGGGAGGUCCAGGAGCACACAUGGGCUGCAAACAACAUCGGAUCACUCCAGAACUUGACCCGUCUCAAGAGAUUCUCCUUGAGUGUGGAGCUUCGUCAUUUGACGAUGCCACCAGGACCCUCCGUUCCUACUCCCAGUCCGGCAAAGCUUGAUUUUGAGCCUAUGCUUCCGACCUCAAUUGAGCAGUUUGAGAUCAGGAAGAUCGGCAUUCCAAACUACAAGGAUUUUGUCAGGAACAUACGUGAACUGCUCCAGUCAAAGCGGCUGAAGAAUUUGCAUCAUGUAUCCAUGGCAGCUAACUUGAAGCCACAUCAUCUCGUACAAUCGGGCUGGGAGGUACAAUUGCGUGGGUCCGGCCAGUCUAAAAAGGUCAUUUAUUUGCUGAACGAAGGCCGUAAGAAGAGAGUCCGAUCAUCAUAUCAUGAGUAA